AUGGAUGAAGAGGUUGUUCCUCUAGGACACGACGUGCAAGUCGUGGACCCAGACGUGCGCAACUAUGUUUACGGCCUGGUUACUGCUCUCGGAGGAUUCAAUGGCGAAGAUGCUGACCAAUACGUACUCGGAGACGAUGCGCUGGCAUGUCUACGCGAUAUCAAACGCUGGUUGAAAUUGUACGAUGAAAAGAAUAACCGGAUGGAUGUUGCGCGGUGCCUUGGAGAGGCCAACUUGAUCAAUGGUGAUCUGCUUCCAAUCCUCUCGCUCUGGUGGACUAGUGGGCAGAACAGUAAGCAUAUGACCAGGAUUGCACUGGCGUGCUUGGAACUUCUUGUGCCCUUAACAUGGCCCGUGGAGAUUCAUAGCCAGAUGACAGUCAACCACCAUCGUCAUACCCCCUACAUCCAACAGACACAGGUGCAAUACAAGCGAGGUAUCCUGAGGUCCGGAGGAUUGAAUAUUCUUCGCGCAGUCAUUCGAAUUUCUCUUCCAAGCAUGGCCACCCCUCGAUCCGAACGUGGAACCCGAGACGAAGGAAUUCUCAAGUUGAUGUUGUACUUGCUGCGGAAUAUUGCGAUCAUAUCCCCGAAUACCAGACUUGCGGCAGAAGGUGACGAGGAGGAGACAUCCAGAUCGGCAACAAUCAACGCCUUCCAUGAGCAAGAUGCAUUUGCCCUCCUUUUGACUAUGUGCUCUAAUGUCGGCGAAGACUUCAACCUUCAAGAUAUUCCUCUGAUGGAGACAAUUUUCCAUAUUGUCAAGGGUGUCAACGUCGAGAAAUUAUUCAUGGACGAUGAGCAGCGAAAGGCCAAGGGGACUGACGAACUCGGCGAUCUACUGAGAAAAGAAUCAUUGGUACGGAGGGAAUACGCAAAGAAUGCACCCACACGCCAUGGAAGAUUCGGUACAAUGAUCUGGGUCAAACGAGACGAUGAGAAGAUGUCUACUGUCUCUGGACAAAGUGUAUUGCGCGACGACCAGACUACACUACAAAAGAUGGACGAGAGUAAAAAGUGGAAUAAGCCUCGGCCUCGUCGCAGACAGGAAGAUGUGGACCAAAAUAGUAACUUCAACAUGCCAGCUCACCUUAGUUCCGAGGCAACUAAGAACCUGAGGACUUUCGUGGAGGAGUUCCUGGAUUCUGGAUUCAAUCCUCUAUUCACCCAUGUGCGAAAAGCAAUCGAGCGUGAAGCUGAGCGUGUCGUACCGAUAAAUCAUCGCCAAUUCUUCUACCUAGUGGGUUGGUUCCUUGAAGCGGAGCGCAUACGGCGGGCUCGACAGCUCCGUCAUCGCACAGCUCAGAAUGGAGGAAGAACCAAAGAUAUUGAACCCGAUAGCUAUGGUCUGGUUGCUGGCGUCCUGAACCAAGAGACGUUCAUCUCUUUGAACCGUGCUAUGCAGAAUAGCCUAGACAACAAGGAAUGGGAAGAUAUCAAUGCCCAGAUGCGCUGCUUCACCCAGAUUCUGCUGACUGUCCAGGAAAUGGCAGUGUCACCGCUCGAAGAAGACCAGGAAAUUGCGGAGAAUAUUCAAAACCGUAUUUUCUACGAAGAAACAACCCAUGACCGGAUCCUUACUAUUGUGCGCGGAUACAAAGAUCAAGGCUUUGGCUAUUUAGAUGCCUGCACGGAGUUAGCACAUGUAUUCCUGCGAAUGCUGGAACGGUAUUCCAAAGACAACGCCGACAUGCAAAUCCGCUCGCGGCGAAAGGCCAAACAGAAGCAAAAGAAGGCCGCCCAAGUCGCCGAAAAAGAGGGAGAAGAUGAUGAUGAGGAGCGUGAUUCUGAAGAUGAAGACAUGGAGGAAGCCGCCCAGGUCACCAAGGAACGCAGCUUUGACUUUAAGCGAUUCUCAGCCAAAUUUUGCAACCAAAACUGUGUGGAUACCUUCAUUUCAUUCACAGGAUUCUACCGGGAGCUCAACCCUGAGCAGCUCAAACGCGCCCACCGAUAUUUCUACCGUAUUGCAUUCAAGCAGGAGAUGACUGUCUUGCUAUUUCGUGUGGAUAUCAUCGGCCUUUUCUAUCGAAUGAUUAAAGGCCCAGGCCCCAUGGACUCAAACGAGCCUAUCUUCAAGGAAUGGGAGGAAUUGGUCCGGCAAAUCAUUCGACGACUAGUCAAAAAGCUUGAGCAGCGCCCUGCCUUGGUCACUGAAUUGCUGUUUAGCAAGAUCAACUCCACUAUCUACUACCUUGAAUAUGGACACGAAAAGCAAACGAUUUCCACAUAUAAGCGUCCCCCGCCGGAGCUCAUGAUUACAUCGACGGAGGCGACGACAAGGGAAGCGAAACUGCACAUCGUGGUUAGUGCUCUCGUUCUCGAUGGUAGAGCAGAUCUGGCUACCUGGAUCAAGGAUGUCUUGAGCUCUGCAGCCUCCGAAAGAGAGGACUGGGAAACUCAAGAAGAAGUAAAUCGCGCUGAGAACUCCGAGACUACCGGCGUUCCCAAUCCGAUGAUUCCUGUCAAAGGCAAGAACGAGUUUGUUCAGAAUGCCAUGUUCUCGAACGCAAAGCUACGUCUGCUCAUGACCGUCGUCGGAUUCGAGCGACUCGGCGUUGAAGAUGUGCUUGGUGCCUCUUGGGUCGUCCCGGCGUCUCUCAAAUCCGACGACUUGCGUGAAACAGUUUCUGAAAUCUUGAAAGCCCUUCAAAACCCGUUCUCCGGGGAUGUUAAUGAUGAUCCUCGGAAGCAGAUCCAACCAAAGCACAGAGGAAGCGGUCGCGGCAGCACUACUCAAGGCACGCUUGAUGUCAACUUCGGAUCAGAGUCCGAAGGUGAGGAUAUUCCAGAUGGUCCUUUAUUCCCAGCGAAUCUGCGGUCAAAGUCUAGUGCGCUGGAUGACCUCAAAAAGAAGCGCAAGAAGAAGCAAAAAGCCACCACAGAAACGGAGCCACUGGAUGAAGAGACUCUAGAGGCGCGGCGCGAUGCGCGUCUAUCAAACGCACUGUCUCGCCAAGCGAAGAUCAAGAGUGAUCUGUUCAUCCAUGCCAGCGACGAAGAAAGCGAUGCAGAAGCCGACAAAGAGUUCUUCCGACUUGAAGAAGAGCGGAGAAUUCAACAAGCAAAAGAAAUCAAGAAGGCGUUGCUCACUGGACCCGUCCAGCCUCCAAGAAAGGGCAGAGGCAAGAAGUCUGCCGCCCGCAAGCGAACUAGCGACACUGGCACUUCUGCAGCCGCAAAAUCCAAGCGACAACGUCGUGAUUCUGGUUCUGCUGCUAGCGAGGCUGGGAGUGAUGCCGAUGGCGAUAUCCUCAUGGCAGAACUCGACGUUCAAUCAUCUCACUCCCAGCAAGGAAUCUCUACUAGUCAUGGCGCCGGAGAGGACGAAGAUACCCGUCCCACGCCAAGUGAUGAUGAUCUUGCUUUUGAUGAUGAUUUCGCCUUCACUCGAGAUCAUCCUAGCAAACCCCAAGCUACGGAGCCCGAUUCUGUAGACGAUGACGUGGAAGAUGAGCCUGUGGUUCUGGCCCGGAGACGUAUGCGCGGUGGAUUUGUGAUUGAGAGUGACUCCGAAUAG